AGACAACUAGCAGCGACGACCACACGAGCAGGAGCAGCAGUCAGUGAGCCCAUCGACUGAGCUGCUCGGAGAUGGCGUCCCUUCUGCAGCCGGACAGAGUUGUCUAUCUGGUUCGUGGAGAGAAAAGGAUCAGAACCCCUUUGUCUCAGCUUUAUUUCUGUCGCUACUGCAGUGAGCUACGGUCUCUGGAAUGUGUGUCUCACGAGGUGGACUCCCACUAUUGUCCAAGCUGUCUGGAGAACAUGCCAUCUGCAGAGGCUAAACUUAAAAAGAACAGGUGUGCCAAUUGUUUUGACUGCCCAUGUUGCAUGCACACACUGUCUACUCGAGCCACCAACAUCCCAGCUCCUCUGCCUGAUGAUCCGACCAAGACAGCCAUGAAGAAGGCCUACUACCUGGCCUGUGGCUUCUGUCGCUGGACCUCCAGGGACGUGGGAAUGGCUGACAAAUCAGUUGCCAGCGGUGGAUGGCAGGAGCCAGAGAACCCUCAUACUCAGCGGAUCAACAAGCUGAUCGAGUACUACCAACAGCUGGCCCACAGAGAAAAGCAGGAUAGAGAUAGGAAGAAGCUGGCCAGGAGACGACAGUGCAUGCCUCUGGCGUUCUCGGAAAAAUAUGGCCUUGGAACCAGACUGCAGAGGCAGAGGUCUGGAGCUCCCAUAUCAAGCCUGUCUGGCCUUUCCCUAAAAGAGGGUGAGGACCAGAAGGAGAUCACCAUCGAGCCUGCCCAGGCCCUUGAUGAAGUGGAACCUCUGCCUGAAGAUUGUUACACCAGACCCAUCAGCCUACCGGAGGUGACCACACUGCGCCAGCGGCUUCUGCAGCCUGACUUCCAGCCUGCUGGGGCGUCUCAGCUCCACCCCAGACACAAACACCUCCUGAUGAAGCGCUCACUGCGCUGCAGGAAAUGUGAGCACAACUUGAGCAAGCCAGAAUUUAAUCCUACUUCAAUCAAGUUUAAAAUACAGUUGGUGGCUGUGAGUUACAUCCCUGAAGUGAGAAUUAUGUCCAUUCCAAAUCUCCGGAACAUGAAGGAGAGCCAAGUGCUGCUGACUCUGACCAACCCUGUGGAGAACAUCACCCAUGUCACACUGGCUGCUUGUGAGGACGAAGACCCUGACGACAUCAACAGCACAGCUAAGAUUAUGGUACCAAGCAAAGAACUGGUCUUGGCAGGAAAGGAUGCUGCUGCUGAGUACGAUGAACUGGCUGAACCCCAGGACUUUCAGGAUGACCCAGAUGUUGUUGCCUUCAGGAAAUCCAACAAGAUUGGUUUCUUCAUCAAAGUGAUCCCUCAGAAAGAAGAGGAUGCGGAUGUCACUGUUUCAUUUAAGAUCCGACACGACUUCCGCAACCUCGCAGCUCCGGCCAGGCAGAACGAGGAGGCAGGCGACGUCGUCGCUGAGGCCAUUUGGCUCACGCACCAUGUGGAGCUGAGGCUGGGACCACUCGCUCCCUGAACAUGCAGACUCUGUUUGCUACCAAACUGUCCCAGUGUUGAGUUCUCUGAACUCAUUUCUGUGGGAUGAAUUUAAUUUAAACAUGAUUUCUGAUUCUGCUUAUUGUAAUGUUAGAACUAUUUGUGAUCUUCUCUGCAUACAGCUGUUCCAGAGCUUGAGCUUAAGUUGCAGCACCAUCGUGGAUAGCCCACUUUAUAAAACUACCUGGAACUGUGACUGACUGGCAGGGUUACUUUGUUACUUUUUGUUUAUCAAAAUAUCCCUAUAUACUGUAUUUGACUGAUUGUCAUUCUCCUCAGCUUAAACACUACACCACCUGACAUUAAAAAGCACUUUUAAUGUGAAACAGAACUUUAUGUAAACACACUGCCAUUCAAACGUUUGGAGUCGCCUCUUGAGUUGAUGGGUUUCCUCUUUCCAUCAAUAUUGAGUGUAAUGCAGAUAUCAAAUCUAUUAUUUACUUUGAUAGUAUGUUUGGCCAAAAGAAGUGCUAAGUGUUAACGGACUAAGACCGUUUGGCUGCUGUCUCUACAGUGUUACCUGCCGGGGGAGAAUACUGUUGUGUUGAGAAUACCCAAUAAGUCCCAAAUUUGAGUUUGUACAAAAAAUUAGCCAUUUAAAAAAAGAAAAGAAAAACAACAACAACAUUGUUUUGAUUUAAAACCUCUACUCAUUUGCUCGAUUGUGAAAAAGGUUUUAUUUUCUUAAAUUGCAAAGCAGGCAAAGUAUUUUUUUUGUCUUAUUCCAUGUGUCAGCUGUGGAUUUCUUUUUUAAAUUAUAUUGUAAUAAUGAUACAUGUAAAACAAUAACAGUUUAUGUUCAAUGAGUGAGUUGAUAUACGUUAACAUAACAUUGUGAGUAUAAAACGUUGGAGAAUAAAUGAGCAGAAUCAGAAAUCAUAAUUGAGAACAGUCCGAACAAGUCCCCGCUAUGCAGCACACUGUAUAUGCUCAGCUUAUGUAUCCUCAUCAACAUCUUUUUCAGCAGACUAAUAUCGUAUUAACUCGCAUGCUUCAACGAUGGCAGAUGUGGCUCCCGUGAGACAAUGUCAUCUCAGUUGGCCCUCGGCUGUUUUCUGAGCAGAAAGCUCCUCCUCGGGUUAAAGGUGAUACUUGCCUAUCAUUUUGCUAUCGUCUUAAGUCAAGCAGUAACCUUCACUGGCACGAUGGGGAGGGAGUAUAAGACGCUCUGCCGAUGACAUUACAGUACAACGUGUUGAUUAUUUAAAUGUUUUGAGAUUAUCACUUUUUUUUUCUGAUUUAGGAAAUGUAUCUUCCUGGUUUGUAGAACUCGCUGACCUCUCUGCCAGUGUACUAAAUCGUAAGCUGCUGUCAUUUUUGGUCCCGAGUGUGUUAGUAAAACAGAGCCUUACAACACAGUUAACCUUCUGCACAGGCUAAUAAAUUCAUGUGAUACUGUAA